AUGGCGGCGGCCAUGCUAGGCCUGUGGGCCGUGUCUGCGCAGCGAGCGGCGACGGCAGCGCGGCCCGGCCUACAGACGCGGCGGCGGCGCUAGCCCGGCCUCGGCCUCUCUUUGCGGUCGCUACUUCCGCCUCUCCCCGCCAUGGAUUUGCCCGUGGGCCCCGGCGCUGCGGGGCCCAGCAACGUCCCGGCCUUCCUGACCAAGCUGUGGACCCUCGUGAGCGACCCGGCCACCGACGCGCUUAUCUGCUGGAGCCCGAGCGGGAACAGCUUCCACGUGUACGACCAGGGCCAGUUUGCCAAGGAGGUGCUGCCCAAGUACUUCAAGCACAACAACAUGGCCAGCUUCGUGCGGCAGCUCAACAUGUAUGGCUUCCGGAAGGUGGUGCACAUCGAGCAGGGCGGCCUGGUGAAGCCGGAGCGGGACGACACCGAGUUCCAGCACCCCUGCUUCCUGCGCGGCCAGGAGCAGCUCCUCGAGAACAUCAAGAGGAAGGUGACCAGCGUGUCCACCCUGAAGAGUGAGGACAUGAAGAUUCACCAGGACAGUGUCACCAAGCUGCUGACCGACGUGCAGCUGAUGAAGGGGAAGCAGGAGAGCAUGGACUCCAAGCUCCUGGCCAUGAAGCAUGAAAACGAGGCCCUGUGGCGGGAGGUGGCCAGCCUGCGGCAGAAGCACGCCCAGCAGCAGAAAGUCGUCAACAAGCUUAUCCAGUUCCUCAUCUCGCUGGUGCAGUCGAACCGGAUCCUGGGGGUGAAGAGAAAGAUCCCCCUGAUGCUGAACGACAGUGGCUCAGCACAUUCCUUGCCCAAGUACAGCCGGCAGUACUCCCUGGAGCCCCUCCACGGCUCCGGUCCCUACUCGGCUCCGUCCCCGGCCUACAGCAGCUCCAGCCUCUACUCCCCAGAGGCCGUUUCCAGCACCGGACCCAUCAUCUCCGACAUCACCGAGCUGGCUCCCAGCAGCCCCUUGGCCUCCCCCGGCAGGAGCAUAGAUGAGCGGCCCCUGCCGAGCAGCCCCCUGGUGCACGUCAAGGAGGAGCCGCCCAGUCCUCCUCGGAGCCCCCCGCCGGAGGAGAGUCCUGGGCGCUUGUCCUCCAUUGUGGACACCCCCCUGUCCCCAACUGCCCUCAUUGACUCCAUUCUGCGGGAGAGUGAGCCUGCCCCAGCUGCCUCAGCCACACCCCUCCCAGAUGCGGGGGGCCGGCCCCCCUCAACCCCGCCCACCUCCUCGUCCCCCGAGAAGUGCCUCAGCGUCGCAUGCCUGGACAAUUUGGCUCGCACUCCACAGAUGUCUGGGGUCGCCCGCCUCUUCCCCUACCCCUCCUCCUCUCUGCAUGGCCGAUUCCAGCCAGGGGCUGAGCUCAGUGAGCACUUGGAUGCCAUGGACUCCAACCUGGACAACCUGCAGACCAUGCUGACCAGCCACGGCUUCAGUGUGGACACCAGUGCCCUGCUGGAUCUGUUCAGCCCCUCGGUGACAGUGCCAGACAUGAACCUGCCAGACCUGGACAGCAGCCUGGCCAGUAUCCAGGAGCUCCUUUCUCCCCAGGAGCCCCCCAGGCCUCUCGAGGCAGAGAAUAGCAGCCCCGACUCAGGAAAGCAGCUGGUGCACUACACAGCUCAGCCCCUGCUCCUGAGGGACCCCGGCCCCAUGGACGUGGGGAGCAGCGACCUGCCUGUGCUCUUCGAGCUUGGGGAUGGCUCCUACUUCUCAGAGGGGGACGACUAUGCAGACGACCCCACCAUCUCCCUGCUGACGGGCUCCGAGCCCCCCAAAGCCAAGGACCCCACUGUCUCCUAACGGGUUCAGGAGGCGCAGCCCCACAUGCCAUGGCCUGCCUGGGGCUUCACAGCCACGCCGCACUGACCAAUACUGUGGCUUUCACAAAGUGUAUUUUGGUUUUUACAUGAGUCCCCCUCCCCCCUUCACAGAAAUAAACAUACAGGUAUAUAUGUAGA